CAGCCUUCCUUCCUUCCUCUCUCUCUCUCUCUCUCUCCCUCUGUCACACCAUCUCUUGCGCUCUCUCUCGGUCCUUUCCCCAUCUUUCGGUGCAGACAGUCAGUGGAGCAUCGGCAUCAGAGCGACACAGGACUGACGGAGGAGGCAAGAAGUCGACAGACCUUCGCUGACAGCAACACAGCACUGAGAUUAUUGCAACAGCUGCAGCAGAACAUUGACUGUAACACCACUAAAACAGAAGCAACAGAUUGCCCUCAGUUGCAAAUUGUUGCUACAAACUGAUGUUCCCCCAGCUGAUUUGCGUGUGGAAACAAAGCAGAUUGGCUCCCACAGCUGGCAUCUCCUGGGUUUUUGAAAGUCAGUCACUCUGCAUGAAAGAAAAGCCUCUGCUCUGUCCAAAGCUGGAGGAAAUAACAGCGCUGAGCGACAGGAGCCAGAAGCUUUGAUUCAGUCGGAGAGCAACACGUUUCACGCUGGGCAUCAGCAUCACCUCUACCACCAGCAUCUCCUCCCAUCUUCCUUCCAUCAUCUGGAUCUAAAAAAGACGAGGCAUCCAGGCUCUGAAUGCACAAACAGGAGGAGGACUUGUAGACUGACAUGCAGAGUGCAGAGUUCAGAGAGUUUCGCCGUGAAACAGAAAGAGCGAGAUCAGGUUUUAUCAGUGUGAAGACGCAGGUAAGAUCCAGCGACAGACACCAGUGAGUCUCACCUCUGAGGACUUCUGAGGACAAGAAAGGGAUGAAGAGGAGGAUGUGCACGAGUGUCAACAAACAAGAGGCCAAACACUAGAGGAGAGAUGACAGGAAAAGAGAGAUUCAAUGCUGCAGCACACAGUCACAGAUAGAGAAGAAAUACAUCAUUUAUUAGAAUCCACAUCAGAAGUGAGAAACUUACUCUGUCUUGCAACACAAUUUUGUUCUUUCUAGGAUGUUUUUGCGCCAGUGGAGGUUGCAUCUUGUCUGACAUACAGAGAAAGAGGAACAUCAGAGUCUUUCUUUCAACCUGCGCUGCUGGUAGCUGCAAGUAAAGUUGUCCGUGCCGAUCUCGGUCGGUGUGAGCGUCUCGGAGGUUCCUUGCUUGACUCUUCUUUUCGGGGUGAGGUGGAUCUGCCGUGGGGGGCAGCUGACAGCCAUCCAAGACGCCGCGAGCCGUACUCCGCGUGAAGAAUGCCCAGCCGCGCUUGGCCAAGCCGGCCGACCCGGGCCCAACGGCGGGCCUCUACAUGGAGAGAUCGCAGAGCCGCAUCAGUCUGUCGGCGUCUUUUGAGGCCCUCGCCAUCUACUUCCCCUGUAUGAACUCCUUCGACGAGGACGAUGGAGUGGAUACAGAUGGCAGGAAGCUGAAGGGAGGCAUCCAGAGGAGCACGGAGACGGGCCUGGCUGUGGAGAUGCCCAGUCGGACCGUCCGCCAGGCCAGCCACGAGUCCAUAGAGGACAGCAUGAACAGCUACGGCUCAGAGGGGAACCUGAACUACAGCGGCAUGUGUCUGGCGUCGGACGCCCAGUUCAGCGACUUCCUGGAUGGGAUGGGACCGGCGCAGUUUGUCGGGCGACAGACGCUGGCGACGACGUCCAUGGGUGACGUAGAGAUCGGUCUGAUGGAGCGGAAUGGAGGUCUGGAAGUGGAGGUCGUCCAGGCCAGAGGACUCACUAUGAAACCAGGUUCAAAGGGACCUCCAGCGGCCUACAUCAAAGUUUACCUCCUGGAGAACGGGAUCUGUGUGGCCAAGAAGAAGACCAAGUCAGUGAGGAAGUCUCUGGAUCCCCUCUACAACCAGGUCCUGGUCUUCUCUGAAAGCCCUCAGGGGAAAGUGGUGCAGGUUAUCGUUUGGGGCAACUAUGGCCGGAUGGACCGCAAAUGUUUCAUGGGCGUAGCUCGAAUCCUAUUGGAGGAGCUGGACCUCAGCUCGAUGGUGAUUGGCUGGUACAAGCUCUUCCCUACCUCCUCCAUGGUGGAUCCAACGAUGGCUCCACUGAUCCGCCAUUCCUCCCAGAUGUCCCUGGAGAGCACGAUCGGUCCUUGUUGUGAGCGAUCUUAAGACUCACUCUAAAGUGUAUAGUUUUCGAUGUUGCGGCUAAGAUUUCAUCGUUUAACCAAGUCCUAAGACAUGUUUUUAUACCCUGUAGCCUUGCACCCAGGUCGACCGGGCGGUACUGCCCCUGGUGCAGGUAGGUGUUAAGUAUCUCACUCAAGGGCACUUUGACAGGUCCAACCACACUGGGGGAAUGAAACACUCCCCGAUUAGGAAAUGACUCAAUGACCCAGUAGGUCAUCCUCAUCGGAAAUGUAUUAUAAUUCUUUUGAUUUUGUACCAGACUGUUUCCUGAGACUCACGGGAAGCACAUUUCUUUUGUUGUUGCAACCGACCGCCUCUCAGACUCACAAGAAAAUUUUGCUCUCCUCAGAUCUCUUUGAUGGAAAUAACAAAAAAACCCUACUUAAUGAGGAUACUUCAAAGACGGGCUCGGUUUGCCGACAUUGAUCACAUCCAUUGGGACCACGAUACACACUGCGGGCUCAGCUUUACUUCAGCUACGGGCCUCCUCUCACAGCCUAUAUUCAAUUCUCACUCCCAGGACUGCUUGUUGUCUUUCCGUCUCCUCAUUAAGGGGCUGGACAGCUCCUGAGUGUUAUCUGUCUAUCCACGGGUCCAGAGAAAAUGUGUCCUCAUAUAGAAACCAGCCUCCCAUUUUGCAGGAGCGUUGCUGGAGAAGGGAUGAAACAGGACUAAGGAGGGCUUUGAGAGGAAAUAUUAAAGUUAUUUGUCGUGACUAACCAAGACUUCUUGGUUUUGGACAUUCUGACGACUUUUUUUUCUUGUGUCACUCAUUUAGCUCAUCCUUGUUCGGUUCAUUUGGUGAUAUUUAUAGGAUCUGAGUGGAGUUGACAUGAAUGAAAGCCCCUUUUAUAUUCUGGAAGGAUCCUGAUCUUGACCUGAUCUUGGGGAUCCAGGGGCUUACUGCUGGCUUUCCAUCCUCCCAGGUUGUUAAGACUGCAGUUAAUUGCAUUUACUUGCAGUCGUAGGUUUAAAUUGAUUCAUGAGUGGAUUUAAACGGCUUCAAUAAUGAGUUCCCAAAGACCAUGUGCCAUUAUGUACAUUCCCAUUGCACUCAAACGCAGUAUUAGCUGAUUUUACUGAUGUGCUUGUCAUCUUUUCUUGAAGGUGCUUUUCAAUCAAAUCAGCUAGUGUUGUGUUUGAAUGGAAACAUGCAUCCUCUGGGCUUUUUUUUUUUUUUUUUUUAAUAACAAGACCUCAUUUUAGCUGGCUGUUUCUUGAAUCAAUAGCACAUUGGAUUAUGUCCAAUUAGAGAUUCCCAGCUUAUGCGACCAGGAAUAAUUGCAACCAAAGCGCUUCAAGAAAAGUUUGAAUCACUUCAGGAGUGCGAGAGGCAUAAAAGCAUUUGUCUGUCCAAAUAACGUGUCACCCUGAAUCCUUCCUGGCGCAUAGCAUAAAAAUAGCAGAUAGCAUCGUAGCCGAGCUAAAUUGGAUUUCAUGCAUGCAAUAUAUUGUAUUAGAUUCUGAUUAGAAUUCAAAGCAGCUAAAUGCAUGCAGUGUUGUUCAUCAGGAUACGGUCCGACAUGAAACAGCCAGACGCAAAAGGGGGUUUUGAAGCGUUGAGGGUUUUUUGUCCUCAUUGGGUUCUAAAUUUUCACAUUCCACCUUCUAGUGCAGGUCAAAUCAAGUGCAGGUGCCUGAGCUGUAGCACUGACACACAACGAGCUAAUACAAAAACAAAAGAAAAAAAAUUGUGGCUCGUAGCCUGGCUGACAGCUGGACACCUCGCUGUAUAUCCCAGUCUAAUUGUAGUUUGGAAUGCUCCUUAGCUAACACUCUAGAAGUAGAUUUUUAAGAUUCCUCCUCUCUUUUUUUAAAUAAUAAAUGAAAAAAAGCUUUGGCUAACGGUUGUCUAAUAACAGUUUCUACUGUGCCAAUUUCUACCAGCAAGUGUCUUCUCCUUCGUCUUCUUCAAUUUUCCGUGCGGCAUGUGCCAUUGUGAGGGAGGGAACAGGAACGAGCCCAUCACAGCAUCUGACAGCAGCAUUCCCCUUUUAUUCUAAAUUACAGCCCUAAUCCACAGAGCGCCGCGGCACCUGGUGAUUAGCCAUGCUAGGAGGCAGCAUGGAGGGAGGAGGAGAGGGAGGAUGAGGAAAGAGAGAGGAAGGAAGCGUGAAAUGUACUUUGCAUCAUCCAAACAAAAGGAUCUGUCUGGACUGACGUCAGGUUUUUACGGACUUCAAGAAAAAAAAAAUAGGAUGAAUUUAAAGGGAACACAAUGUGCACACUGUAGAGAAAUUUGUAGUUUAUUAAAAAACAAAAACAAGUCUAUGUGUUUUAUUUGGGCACUUUAUGAUUCUUAAUGUCUUUUUAUGUGUAAAUAUUAUGGUUGUUAGUGUCUUUUUGGAGUGAGCCAAAGUUAAUCUAUAACGACUUAGUAGAUUAAUGUUAAAAACUCUGAGGGAGGGAAGUGGUAUCCUUGCUAGUUAUCGUAAGACUGUAGCAUUAGCUGGUAGCAUCCGCAUGACUGAUUAAAACUUCUAAUUAAUUAGCACACAACUUGAUAAGGCUAAGCAUGAGCUAAUAUGCUACACAGAAGGACGAGAAACGAAACACAGUAUGUUGAGAUCAAUUAAGGAACACAUACAUAUGUAGCAGUUUAAUUCAGAUUUUUGAGCUUUUUUUUCUUUAACAGAAAACGUAAGAAAUCAAGAAAACAUAUCUCAAUUUCAGUCGGUUAAUUCUUCAUUUUUACUACGAGGCAAGAUUUCAGAAUAAAAUAAAGUUUUACUUACACUGAUCCGCUAGUAUUUUAAUGAAAUCACCCAGUUUCGGAGUAAUUUUACUCUACCAGACUUUGCAAAAUUGGCCUCUGUUGUGCCAGUAGCAGUGUUGCAGGGAUAUUAAUGCUAUAUCUGUUUCCAAAAAUAUUAGCUACAUUCUGUAAAGCAAUAAUCAGAAAACAUCCAGUCAUCGCAGUCGUUCAGUCACUUAAUAGAUACUGUAGAAAAUGACACGUAUUGCUGGUGAUUUUCAAUGCACUCGGAUGAAACGAUUCUAAUAUUGGCAAAACAAAUCAGCAUCAAUAUGUCAUUCCAAAAGCAUGAGCUAUCUUUGGAACAAGUCAUAAUAUAAUGAUUAGGAUUUUAAACACCCUGAAAAUAGUUUGAAAGCGCAGAAACAGAAAAUCGCCUGUUAAUAAAGUGUCAUUUUUACAUCAGUGCAUUCAUAUUUUUUUUCCAUAAUUUAUUCCAGGGAGAGUUUCAUGUUGUCUCUGAGGAUCGCUGUUAAAAUUCAGAAGGAGCUGAAAUUUAAAACCCCAUCAACCAUGAGAAUAUCUGACUUGGAAAAAUGCAGGAUCAUUUUUCACAACCUCUAAAUGUAUUUUAAUACAAUGAUAACAAUGAGUUAAAACAAAAGGGACUAUUUAUUUAAAAAGAGCAGAUGUUAGAGCAGUUAAACAAAUCAAAUAUAUAACUAUAUAUGAAAAAUUAACUCCUCUUACUGUGACCCAAGGAAUGUGUUUUUGUCUGUGUUUUUUGUGCCAAAAUGUUUAUAUAUUGUGAGGGCUGACUUCCCCAGUUAAGGACCAAUGAAGGAGCAACGUUUACACAUUUGACGUUCAAAUCUUCUUUCAGCUUGUCAUGAGCCGGGCACAUUCUGGUGCAAAGAAACCAAGAAGAGUGGCUCCUGUGGCUAAAAACAAAAGCAAUGUUGCAUGAUGAGCUAGAUUUAGAACAUAAUAAGGGUUAGAAACGCUGCAGCCGUAGCCAGUGUAGAAGCUUCCCAUCUUCCUCCAUCGAACCUGCAGCAGCUGCCUGUGCAAACAAGGUCCUAAACAUAGCUUAGAGUAGCAUGACAGCAGCAGUAGUAUAGCAUGCAUGCAGUAAAUGAUGGGCUUUCUGUGAUGGCUACAGCUGCAGGUGACCCUUGCAAGACACUUUCCUUCUGUAAUUGUUUAAGAGAGUCAAAACAUAUGCCGACAUUGGGGAUUAAGAGUAACUAUUGUUUGCUGGAACUGAUUGUGUAUUUUCACUCAUCUGCAGCUUUUUGUUCACCACUUUGUUUGGGACAUUUUGUAACUUUCAAGGCAAAUGAAUGAGCUAACGAACUAUGUAAAUGUUACAGUCGACAUAUUCAGCACCAAAAAUGUACAUUUUCUUUUGCAUUCCCCCACAUAUUUCUGAUUGUGUCUGCCACUUGGAUGUUAACGAUGUAACUUCUAUCAAUUGUAAUGUAAGUAGAGGCCUUAAACACACCAUAGACAUUUUUGUCAGGGCUAAGGACUAAGAAUUGUCAUGUUAAGUAAUCAAAAUGAUGCAAAAAAAAAAGUUUUACAGUGUCACCAUUUCAACCCAUCACCUAAAGGAAUUUAAGUGUCAUCUAUGGAAACAAUUAUAUUUGCGUGAUGUUCUUAAUGAAUUUCUGAUAUACUGAUAUUUCAACUGACUAUUUGUGUAACCUUCCACACUUGUUGGUGUGAGCUUAAAUGAACAAACUAAGCAAAAAAAGCAUUUUUGCAGCAUAGUUAUUCAAACAUUUGGACCUGUUUCUUAUAAGGCUUGUUUUCUAAAACUUAGGUAAAUGAUGCUAUUGUUUCUUGGUUACGGCUGGAUGCACAUCAUGGUACUUUGUGGUUUCAAAUGAGUAAAAUGCCAUCGAGCUAUCUGUGAGAGUUGUUCUGGCGUCCUGUUGAGGUCCUUUCAUUCACUUUUUGGGUUGUAAUUCUGCAAAACUAGACACUUCUCCUUACACUUUACUGGUAUUUAAUUCUACAUGUGGCAACUUUAGUGACCACAGACCAAUAAAAAACACAGUCGUGUCACGUACACGAAGGAGUUUAUGUAUUUAGGUAAUAAUUUUUAGAGGUGAAACAAACAUAGCAGUCAACACAACUGCUUUUCUUGAGAACAUCUGUAACCAUGGUUAAUAUCAGCAUGCUAGGCCUCCUUUUGCCACUGGCUUCAUAUUUACAUGCAUAUAUGAAUGUAAGUAGAAUUUACAUGAUUUAGUCACACAGUAGUACAGAAAAUAGAACCUAUUGGUUUCUGAGGUGUUUUUACUCACUGUACUUUAUUAACUUUUCCACUGAAGUACCAUAUUAUUACGUUUCUCAAAGACGGUGUCCCCAUUAUUCUAAUCAGUGCUGCUCACUUUGCAUUAAAAAAAAAACUAGAAAAGCACUCAGCGAGUGCAGUCUUCCGCCAAGGCUGUCCAUUCCCCUAUAUGGUAUUGACAGAAAUGGCAGCUUUUGUUUAUUAGUUAUUGAUGAUCAGAAAUCAGAGCAACAUAGAAUGAGGCCAUUUAUUAUAGAUGUAGCCACAAACAAAAUGAGGACUCAGAAACACCCCCACAAUUUAAUCAAUUGUUUCUUGUAUCGUGUCUGACGCAUAAGUCCCGGUAAGUUGAUUUGUAGUAGGAUCUCAAUCAUGUGAUCAUCAGCAGGCAGCUGACAUAGUGUUCACUUGUUGUCAUAGUUACAGUGACUCCGUGCCACUAUCUCGCAAUGAUACAGAAAUCUUUGAGAAAUCUGUGGAUCCAGACUAUAAGUUGCAUCACUGCCAAAAUCUAGUCACAUGGUCUUUAUGUCAUUUCUGACCUUUCCUGAAAAUUUAAUUCAAAUAUGUUGGUCCGUUUUUGAGUAAUGUUGUUAACAGACAGACAGACAGAUGGACAGAUAAACCAAUGCCGAUCGUCACCUAACUUCGCCGCGUUCAUUGGCAGAGUAAAAACGAUUUCUUGGUGGGGGGGGGGAACCUUUUGCUACAAAAAAAACAAAACACAUGCAGACUCAAAGUUGUAGCUGUAGCUUAUUGAAGCUGAGCUAAAAGGCAGUUUGUAUUCUUUGAGUUUAACUCAGUGAAUAUAUUUGAGUCUGUAUGUGUAAACAGAGAUAACAAACGUACUCUGCUGCUUUUCCUGACGGCAAUACAAUGGUUUUCUGUGCACGUGUUUCACUGCGAUGCUCCAAGAUAACCUCAAUCUGCAGACAGAGCCAUGAAAUCUGUCUGUUUUUGCAGAAGAUCAACCUAAAAGUGAAACUAGGUAGAAUUCCCGUUGAAGUUCUUUAUAAAAAAAAAAAGACCAAAAGAAAAAAAAACCUCUUGUUACCUGAGCUGAAAUCAUCCCUAUCCCCCCCCCCCCCCCCCCCCCCCCCCCCCGGAGUACAUGGGUUUUACUCAUUAGAAAGAAAGACAGCACUGUUUGUGUCCUUUCCUUUUCAGAGCGACAGUGUGUAUGUUUCUAGACAUAUCAUAUCAUGUUCUCCCGGGGAAGAAGGUGGAGGUGUGGGUGGAUGAAAGGGUAGACGCAGCUCCUCAGUGGGUGUUACGAAACGGCGGCUGGUGUUUCCCAAAAGCAACACAUCUCCUCCUGUGCUGCAGAGGCAGAGCUUCUCAAACUUUCUUCUUUUUUUUUUCUCCUCAGAGCCCCUCUAGCUCCCUAAAAGUGUUCCCCCACACACCAUCUGUUAGAUCCUCUCAUCCACAGCAUCCCACAUUACCAUGAGUGAAUACAUUUUUAGGUUGGGUGACCCCAGCGAGAAGCAAAGUGCCAUCGAAUUUCAUAACUUCUGUGUUUUCCAGCACAUAUUUGUCGCUCACCUUCCUGCUUCUUUUGUUUCUCCAGCGACACAAAGCCAUUAUAUCUAAAACAUUCACAGCCUUAAAUUCUCCUCCCUGAAUUGAGGCCUUUUGAGGACACCUGACAAUUUUCCAAACGUGACAUUUUCCUGAGGCCCCAAUGCGAAGGUGAUGUUUUGGUUUUGGGAUACGAGUCAGUUUUACAGGCCUUCACAAUCUUUCAGGGUGAUAUGGGCAACUUUUGUAAGCAACGUCGAUGAAGUGUCUGUUUUUUCCUCAGCGAUGAGCAUUUAUCCAGGGAAGGUUUACUAAGCAUAUAUUCUUUCAUGCUCAUUUGGUUCAACACCUGUCCUUUAGUUUUCUGGGAACAGCUUCUUUAGAGCAUUUUUUUCUCAACAACAGCAAAAUAAAGAAAAGCCUCCGACUAUUUUUCAUUUGCAGGUAUAGUGUAUUUUUUUUAAACUGUCUUCCCAUUCAUAGAUUAGCAUCAGCAGAAGUUAGCAUAAACUGAGCAAAAAGCCCAUCUGCGUUGCUUCCCAUUCGUUGCUCGUGUUUUACUGCCUUGAAGACCUGAAUGUUAUCAGACAAGUGACAAAAUGGUGUAACUUUAGUUUUACUCACUGCACUGUCAUUUAAAAACACAAGUAUAUUUGCAGAUUCUUUGGCAAACUGUUAUAUUGUUGAGUAAAUGCACAAUUUGGUGUAUUGUUAUUCUAUUCCAGCUGUCAAUAAAAUAGUUAACUCCA